AUGCAACUGCCGGGUGAGCACGAGCUGGGCAUGAUCCACGAUCCAGAAAAGAGCGAGGAUGAAGACACUGUGCAGGAGGAAGAAGAAAACAGGGAGGCGCUGGUCGGACGGCUAGCACGACAACUCACCCGCCAAUCUACUCGAUUCUCUGCGAACGGUACAUUGGAUAAUCCCUUCACGAAUGGAGACUCCGAAUCGACGCUCAAUCCCAAUAGCCCCAACUUCAAGGUGCGGGACUGGAUGAAGAUGUUGCUGGCUAUCCGAUCUCGCAACCCCGACAAAUACCCAGAUCGGACCGCUGGUAUUUCGUUCAAAAAUUUGAACGUCCAUGGAUUUGGUUCUCCGACCGACUAUCAGAAAGACGUCCUGAAUUCGGUCCUGGAGCUUGGGACUAUGGUCCGCAGACUGGCCGGUCUGAAACUGCAGAAGAUCCAGAUCCUUCAUGAUUUUGAUGGUCUCGUCAAAAGUGGGGAAACAUUGGUGGUCUUGGGAAAGCCAGGUAGUGGGUGUUCGACUUUGCUCAAGACCAUUGCUGGUGAAAUGAAUGGCAUUGAGAUGUCAGAGGAUUCGGUUCUCAACUAUCAGGGUAUCUCUGCGAAGGAAAUGCAAAAUUCCUUCAAAGGCGAGGCAAUCUACGCAGCUGAGACCGAUGUCCACUUCCCCCAGCUCUCCGUCGGCGAUACCCUCAUGUUCGCCGCAUUGGCUAGGGCCCCCAGAAACCGCCUUGAGGGGGUAGGAAACAAGCAAUACGCUGAACAUAUGAGAGAUGUGGUGAUGGCAAUGCUUGGCCUUUCCCAUACCAUCAACACCCGGGUUGGGAAUGACUUUAUUCGCGGGGUAAGUGGAGGCGAGAGGAAACGCGUCAGUAUUGCAGAGGCCACUCUGAGUCAGAGCCCCUUGCAGUGCUGGGACAAUAGCACGAGAGGCCUGGAUAGUGCUAAUGCACUUGAGUUUUGCCGAAAUCUGGCUCUUAUGAGCAAAUACUCCGGAACAACAGCUUGCGUUGCCAUCUAUCAAGCGUCACAGAAUGCUUAUGAUGUCUUCGACAAGGUGACCUUGCUUUAUGAAGGAAGGCAGAUCUACUUCGGGCCGACCACGGAGGCUAGGAAGUACUUUGAGGACAUGGGCUAUGAAUGCCCGGAGCGUCAAACCACAGCAGACUUCUUGACGUCGAUCACUAGCCCUUUGGAACGCGUGGUCCGGAGUGGCUUUGAAAACCGUUAUGUCCCUCGCACUCCGGACGAAUUUGCGGCAGCCUGGAAGAGCAGCGACGCGCGUGCCAAGCUGAUCAUUGAAAUUGAGGAGUAUGAGAACAAUUACCCUAUCAAAGGUAGCUCCUACGAUGCAUUUAUCGAUGCCCGCAGGGCUAUCCAGGACAAACACCAAAGGGUUAAAUCGCCAUACACCAUCUCGAUACGGAAACAGAUUUCCCUCUGUGUGACCCGUGGCUUUCAGCGCCUUCGUGGAGACUACAGCUUAACGGCGACAGCUUUGAUUGGGAAUUUUAUAAUGGCUUUGGUCAUUGGCUCGGUAUUUGUGAACCUUCCCAAGGAUACCUCCAGCUUCUAUUCUCGCGGAGCUCUUUUAUUUUUUGCCGUCCUCCUGAAUGCAUUUUCCAGCGCACUGGAAAUCCUCACCCUAUACGCCCAACGUCCAAUUGUUGAAAAGCAAGCCCGAUACGCCUUCUACCACCCUUUCGCAGAGGCACUUGCAUCGAUGCUGUGCGAUACGCCUUACAAACUGAUCAAUUCAUUGACCUUCAAUAUACCAUUGUACUUUAUGACCGACCUACGUCGUGAGGCUGGGGCGUUCUUUACAUUUUGGCUAUUCUCGGUCAUCACCACGUUCACAAUGUCAAUGAUCUUCAGGACCAUUGCGGCAUCUUCCAGAUCCCUCUCACAGGCCUUGGUCCCAGCUGCCAUUUUGAUCUUGGGUAUGGUUAUCUAUACUGGGUUCGUUAUCCCCACCCGCAAUAUGCUCGGGUGGUCGCGCUGGAUGAACUAUAUCAACCCCGUCGCCUACGCCUUCGAAAGUUUUAUGGUCAAUGAAUUCCAUGAUCGUCAUUUCGAAUGUGCUGCUGUUGUUCCUUCUGGUGGUGGAUACGACAGUGUUUCAAUGGACCAUCGCAUCUGCUCGACUGUCGGCGCUCAGUCAGGGUCCACCAAUGUGUCUGGAUCACUAUAUCUUAGCCAGAGCUUCGGGUAUCUCAAGGGACAUUUGUGGAGGAAUCUUGGAAUUCUCUUUGGUUUCCUGAUAUUCUUCAUGCUUACAUAUCUUCUUGCCACUGAGUAUAUCUCCGAGAAAAAGUCUAAAGGCGAGGUGCUUCUAUUCCGCCGUGGCUAUCAGCCGAAACAUGCCUCCGGAGAGGGUGAUUUAGAGGCAUCUUCUCAAUCUUCUCCAGUCGCCAAGACAGACGAGUCUCCCCCCAAAGCAGCGGCCAUUCAGCGACAAACUGCGAUCUUUCACUGGCAGGAUGUCUGCUACGACAUCAAAAUCAAAGGAGAACCUAGAAGGAUUUUGGACAAUGUUGACGGCUGGGUCAAACCCGGGACUUGUACAGCACUGAUGGGAGUCUCUGGGGCUGGAAAAACGACUUUGCUUGACGUGCUGGCAACGCGAGUUACUAUGGGUGUUGUCACUGGAGAAAUGCUCGUUGACGGACACCCUACAGAUCAGUCCUUCCAGCGAAAGACUGGAUAUGUCCAACAGCAGGACUUGCAUUUGUCUACGUCGACAGUUCGGGAAGCCUUAGUGUUUAGUGCCUUGCUCCGUCAACCCGCCACUGUUAGUCGGAAGGAAAAGGUCGACUAUGCCGACGAGGUCAUCAAGCUCCUUGGUAUGGAAGCGUACGCUGACGCUGUUGUUGGUGUUCCGGGCGAGGGAUUGAAUGUUGAGCAGCGGAAGAGAUUGACGAUUGGUGUGGAGCUUGCCGCGAAGCCCCAGCUCCUACUCUUCCUCGAUGAACCUACGAGUGGCCUAGAUAGUCAGACUUCUUGGUCUAUUCUCGAUCUUAUCGACACACUCACCAAGCACGGACAAGCAAUUCUCUGCACCAUCCAUCAACCUUCAGCGAUGUUAUUCCAACGAUUCGACCGUCUUCUCUUCUUGGCGAAAGGGGGUAAAACGAUCUACUUUGGUGAGAUUGGCGAAAACUCGUCCACUUUGUCGAACUAUUUCCAACGCAACGGCGCCCACCAUCUGACCCCCGGAGAAAAUCCCGCUGAAUGGAUGUUGGACGUUAUUGGGGCAGCGCCGGGUACACACAGUGAGAUUGAGUGGCCAAAGGUAUGGCGGGCCAGUCCCGAGUAUGGGAAGGUCAAGGAGCACCUCUCCGAGCUGAAGUCCACCUUAUCUUCAAACUCUGGGCGUGAUUCUUCACCUAAUGAAUUCCGUGAAUUCGCCGCGCCCUUUUAUGUCCAACUGUGGGAGUCUGCCCUUUGCAUCCUCACGGCGCUCUAUAUUGGAUUCUCAUUUUUCCACGCCCAAAAUUCCAUCCAAGGCCUCCAGAACCAGAUGUUCAGUGUCUUUAUGUUGAUGACAAUCUUUGGGAAUCUGGUGCAGCAGAUUAUGCCAAACUUUGUUACACAACGCUCUCUUUACGAGGUGCGAGAGCGCCCAUCCAAGGCCUACAGCUGGAAGGCGUUUAUGAUCUCGAAUAUUCUAGUGGAACUGCCCUGGAAUACUUUAAUGGCUGUGUUUAUCUUUUUCUGCUGGUAUUAUCCAAUUGGUUUAUACAGAAAUGCAGAGCCCGACAACGCAGUGAGCGAACGAGGGGCCCUCAUGUUCUUGUUAAUCUGGACAUUCUUGUUAUUCACGUCAACAUUCGCACACAUGGUGAUUGCAGGAAUUGAACUGGCUGAGACUGGUGGAAAUAUCGCGACGAUGUUAUUCUCUCUCUGCUUGAUCUUCUGCGGUGUUCUCUCAACUAAGGAGGCCUUACCUGGAUUUUGGAUCUUCAUGUACCGCGUUUCGCCGUUUACCUACUUGGUUUCAGCAAUGCUUUCGACGGGUGUUUCGGGUGCCGAUGCAAUCUGCGAGCCAGUCGAGUUUCUGAAGUUUAACCCCCCAGCCAACCAAACUUGCCAGGACUAUAUGGACCCUUUCAUCAAAUUGGUCGGGACUGGGUAUCUGGAAGAUCCCCUGGCUACCACCGACUGCUUGUUCUGCACCGUCAGCAAGACGAAUGCGUACCUCUUGCAAAUCUCCAGCGAUUUCGCUGACGCUUGGCGGAACUUCGGUCUGAUGUGGGUGUACAUCGUGGCCAAUAUUUUUGGCGCGGUGUUGAUCUACUGGCUUGCCCGUGUGCCAAAGGGGAAGGAGACCAGGUAG